CCGCGCGGCCGGACCUAUAUAGCCCCUGCCGCUAAACCCUAGCGAGCCCUCCAUUUGCGCCGCCGCCUCCCCCGAAGCCAUCCGCAUCCCCACGCUCGCUCGCCGCGGCCGCCCGACGCGAUGGCUCCCACCAAGAAGGCGAAGAAGAGCGGGGAGAACAUCAACAACAAGCUGCAGCUGGUGAUGAAGAGCGGCAAGUAUACGCUCGGCUACAAGACCGUCCUCAAGACGCUGCGCAGCUCCAAGGGGAAGCUGAUAAUCCUCGCAAACAACUGCCCGCCCCUGAGGAAGUCAGAGAUUGAGUACUACGCUAUGUUGGCGAAAAUUAGCGUGCACCAUUUCCAUGGAAACAAUGUUGAUCUUGGAACAGCCUGCGGCAAGUACUACCGGGUGUGCUGCCUCAGCAUCCUUGACCCUGGUGACUCGGACAUCAUCAGCACCACCACCACCACCCAGUGAAGAGAAGAGAAGAGAGCUCUCCACCUAUUUUAUUUAGUCGAGUUGUAGGGUCCUGUUGUGCUCUCGAAACCACUCUUGUUAUCUUCGGUUUAUGUACCUUUUUGCGACGCUGAGUUGGAGCUGUCAUACAGAUAAUACUUCAUAUGGUUGUUCCGCUGGACAUUCAUGUGGUUUUGUUUUCAUGAUAUCGUUGUUUCCAUCUUA